GGGGAGGGAGAUAAACCAGAGCGACAAACCAGUCUGUUGCAAGGAGUAGCCUAGAAGAUUCACCUUCAGGGGCGGAAUGGAACCAGAAAUCGGCCCUGACAUGUCAAACACACCAGCCCAUUUUUUUCCUUGAGGUCCCCACAAAAUGGACUAGCACAUCUGGUAUUUGCCCGAAAUGCCAGAUGGCCGCUCUGCCCCUGUUCGCCUUGUUAAAGGCACUAUAGUCCCACAGCUGCUUACUUGCACUGAUUUAACCCUCCCUGAUAAGAGGUGCAGACUAACCAGCACUCCCUGCCACUGUCAUAUUGUACGUGAGGGACUGUCAUUUUGGUUACAUGCCUGACACUUGGAUAGGCUCCUGUAAUAACUCCUACAGUUACCAAUAUUGGUUUGUACAUAUGUUGUCUAUGUUCUGUGGUGAAGCUUGGCUCAGCUCACAAGUACAGUAGGCCUAACAUUAACAAGUGUCUGCUAAAUUUAGAAACAUGGGUCAGCUACCAGUGUCAUCUUUCAUUUCAGCCAGACGCAUGUCCUAGUUUAAGGGUGAGGCGUUAGCCAGUGUGAGUGAGGUCGACUGAACUUGCUGUUAGCUAGACCGCUAUUAGCUUCUUCUCCAGAGCUUACAUUACCAGCAAUAUAUGGGUUUUUUUCACUCUAAGUUGUGAGUAGAUUUAGUAGGCAGUGAAAACUGAAGAAAAGGACAUGGCUCCCAAGAAGCAGAAGGGAGGUGAUGGACAGCAGCCACCACCACUGAUUGGACGGUUUGGGACUUCUUUGAAAAUAGGAAUCGUCGGAUUGCCCAAUGUAGGGAAGUCAACCUUUUUCAACGUACUGACAAAGAGUCAAGCUGCAGCUGAGAAUUUCCCCUUCUGCACCAUUGACCCAAAUGAAAGCAGAGUGCCCAUUCCAGAUGAACGCUACGAUUUCCUGUGCCAAUUCCACAAGCCUGUCAGCAAGGUGCCGGCCUUCCUGAACGUGGUAGACAUAGCAGGACUGGUGAAGGGAGCUCACGCUGGCCAGGGUCUGGGCAACGCCUUCCUGUCCCACAUCAGUGCCUGCGAUGGCAUCUUCCACAUGACACGUGCGUUUGAGGAUGAGGACAUUGUCCAUGUGGAGGGGAACGUGGACCCAGUGAGGGACAUUGAGAUCAUCCAUGAGGAGCUGAGGCUGAAGGAUGAGGAGAUGAUCGGGCCCAUAAUGGAGAAGCUGGAGAAGGUGGCCGUGAGGGGUAGUGACAAGAAACUCAAACCUGAAUACGACGUAAUGCUCAAAAUCAAGAACUGGGUCGCGGAUGAAAAGAAACAUGUCCGCUACUGUCGCGACUGGACUGAGAAGGAGAUCGAAGUGUUGAACAAAUACUUGUUUUUGACAUCCAAGCCAAUGAUUUACCUCAUUAACCUCUCAGAGAAAGACUACAUCAGAAGAAAGAACAAAUGGUUGGUGAAAAUCAAGGAGUGGGUGGACAGUCACGACCCCGGGGCACUGGUCAUCCCCUUCAGCGGAGGAGUGGAGAGUGUCCUGCAGGACAUGAGUGAAGAGGAGAUUCAGAAGUACUGCACCGAGCACAAGGCUCAGAGCGUUCUGACAAGGAUCAUCAAGGCUGGCUAUGGAGCCCUACAGUUGGAGUACUUCUUCACAGCUGGACCAGACGAGGUCCGUGCGUGGACCAUCCGGAAAGGAACCAAGGCUCCACAGGCAGCCGGCAAGAUCCACACGGACUUUGAGAAGGGCUUCAUUAUGGCUGAAGUAAUGAAAUUUGAGGAUUUUAAAGAGGGAGGCAGUGAGAACGCUGUCAAGGCAGCGGGGAAAUACAGACAACAGGGGAAAACCUAUAUUGUGGAGGACGGAGACGUCAUCUUUUUUAAAUUCAACACGCCGAACCAGCCCAAGACUAAGAAGUGACUCCGUCACAGUCUGUUGGCUACCAGAAUGGACUGUGUCGUUAGAUAAUUCGUCUUCUUUGUUUUAGACAGAAUGAAGCUGGAGAUUGUGAUUGAUACCUGCCAGGUCGGCUCAGUCCUACCUACUGCCCACUCUGCCACAUUAUCCCUGUUUGUUUUUGGUUCAGGAGAAUUCCAUACAGUCCGCCUUGCCAAAGAACAGGUCCACUAAACGUUGACAGCUUUUGGUAGGAGCAUUUGAAGAAGCGUAUUACUCUCUUGAUACUUCAUUAAUCUCCAUCACUGGUGCCAGGCCUGACACAGCUGACAGCAGGGACAAUGCGACCUGCUCCUCUCCUCCUCCCGGAGAUAAUGCAUGUUUUACAGUAGCCCAGAUGUCUAUACUCAAUAAA